UCUGCAUCUGUCUUAGUGUGGGGCUGUGGUGCAGGCAGAUGACAUGGGGAAAGGUUUCUACAUCAGUAAACCUGUUGGGAUAGUUUCUAUUAUCCUGUGUGCAGGAGCUCUGGCAACUAUCAUAGCUCUGUCUGUUGUUUACUCAGAGGAAAAGGCCAAAAAUAAUAAUCAAGUCUCACCAACGGAUGGAGGAACAACAUCCAAACCCCCUGUUACUACACUUGCUCCAUCCAAUGAACCAUGGGACAAGUAUCGACUGCCAAAGAACCUGGUGCCAGACCACUAUAAUCUCACCCUGUGGCCACGACUGACUCCAGAUCUGACAACUGGACUCUAUAUCUUUACUGGUGAGUCCACUGUGGAGUUUGAGACCACCGAAGAGACUGACCUGAUUCUUAUCCACUCCAGUAAACUGAACUACACCAUACUGGAAAACGGCCACUUGGCAAGGCUCACCUCAGUCAAUAGUGGAGUCAGAGUUCCUCUAAUCAAGGUCUCCUGGCUCCAGAGUGUGACUCAGUACCUGGUCCUGCAGCUGGAUGGCAAACUUAUGACGGGCCACAGGUACCACCUCUACACCAAAUUCACUGGAGAGCUGGCUGAUGACCUGGGAGGCUUCUACAGGAGUGAAUACAUGGAGGAUGGAGUGAAAAAGGUUGUUGCGACCACUCAGAUGCAGCCAACAGAUGCCAGGAAGGCUUUCCCCUGUUUCGACGAGCCAGCAAUGAAAGCUAUUUUCUAUAUCACUCUGAUCCAUGACCGUGGAACUGUAGCCCUGUCCAAUGGAGAGGAAAAAGAAUCAAGUCCUGUCACCAUCGAUAACCAACAUGUGCAGAAGACAGUUUUUGAGCCAACUGAGAAAAUGUCCACCUACCUGCUGGCAUUCAUCGUCAGCGACUUUGACUUCAUCAAUAAUACCAUAGAUGGAGUUUGGAUCCGUAUCUUUGCCCGGAAGCCUGCUAUUGCUGCUGGACAAGGAGAGUAUGCCCUCAACAAAACUGGACCCAUCCUGAAGUUCUUUGAGAAAUACUACAACUCCAGCUACCCUCUGCCCAAAUCUGAUCAGAUUGCUCUCCCAGACUUUAAUGCUGGAGCCAUGGAGAACUGGGGUCUGAUCACAUACAGAGAGACAGCGCUGCUCUAUGAUAAAGAGUUCUCCUCCAACUCCAACAAACAAAGGAUUGCUACCAUCAUUGCUCAUGAACUGGCUCACAUGUGGUUUGGUAAUCUGGUGACCCUGAGGUGGUGGAAUGACUUGUGGCUGAAUGAAGGCUUUGCAUCUUAUGUUGAGUACCUGGGAGCACACGAAGCUGAACCAGACUGGAAUGUGAAAGACCUUAUUGUGCUCGGUGACGUGCACAGGGUGUUUGCUGUCGAUGCCCUGGCCUCCUCUCACCCGCUGUCCUCUAAAGAAGAGGACAUCCAGAAACCCGCACAGAUCAGUGAGCUGUUUGAUGCCAUCUCAUACAGCAAGGGAGCAUCUGUUCUGAGGAUGUUGUCAGAUUUCCUAACUGAAGAGGUCUUCACAAUGGGACUCAGGACCUACCUAUCUGAAUUUGCGUUUGGCAAUGCAGUCUACACAGACCUAUGGAAACAUUUACAGAUGGCUGUAGAUGCUAAUGGUACUGAACUCCCUGACACUGUCCAUAACAUCAUGAACACCUGGGUGCUGCAGAUGGGCUUUCCUGUGGUUACCAUAGAUACUAAAACUGGGGUCGUAUCCCAGAAACACUUUCUCCUGGAUCCCGACUCUGAAGUCACAGCUCCAUCUCCCUUCAACUAUGAGUGGAUCGUUCCAAUCAAAUGGAUGAAGACUGGAGCUGUCCAGUCACCUUAUUGGCUAAGGGGGAAAUCAGCCACAAAUGAUGCGAUGAAGGCAUUAGGGACUGAGUGGGUGCUGGCCAACCUCAAUGUUGUGGGCUACUACAGAGUCAACUAUGAUGAAGAAAACUGGGGCAGACUGCUCAAUGGUCUGAGCACCAAUCAUCAGCUUAUUCCAGUGAUCAACAGAGCUCAGUUGGUAGAUGAUGCCUUCAACCUGGCCAGAGCAAAGAUCAUCUCUACAGUGCUGGCCCUCAACACCACCAAGUACUUGGACAAGGAGAGAGAAUAUAUGCCCUGGGAGUCAGCCCUGAACAACCUGGACUUCUUCUACCUCAUGUUUGACCGCAGUGAGGUUUACGGGCCCAUGCAGGAUUAUCUGAGGAAACAGGUCACCCCUCUGUUUAACUACUACAAGACUUUGACUGAAAACUGGAGCAAAGUACCUGAUGGACACAUGGACCAGUACAACCAGGUGAAUGCUAUCAGCCUGGCCUGCAGGACAGGCCUCGAGGAAUGCCAAAAUCUGGCCAAGACAUGGUUCAAACAAUGGAUGGACACAAACAACAAUCAGAUCCACCCCAACCUACGUUCCACUGUGUACUGUAAUGCCAUUGCAGCAAGUGGCGCUAAUGAGUGGGAGUUUGCUUGGUCACAGUUUAAGAAUGCCACCAUUGCUACUGAAGCUGACAAACUCCGUUCUGCCCUGGCCUGCACUAAGCAGCCCUGGCUGCUCAACAGGUACCUAGAGUACACUCUGGAUCCAAAAAUGAUCCGAAAGCAGGAUGCCACCUCCACCAUUGUCUACAUAGCUAACAAUGUGAUUGGUCAGUCUCUGGCAUGGGACUUUGUCAGGGCUCGAUGGUCAUACAUUUUCACUCAGUAUGGUGGUGGAUCAUUCUCUUUCUCCAACCUCAUCAAUGGAGUCACUAAACGUUUUUCCACUGAAUUUGAGCUUCAACAGCUGAAGCAGUUCAAGGAAGAUAAUGCUGAGGUGGGUUUCGGCUCUGGUACCCUGGCAGUGGAUCAGUCCAUUGAGAGAACCACCGCCAACAUAAAAUGGAUUGCAGAGAACAAGCAGAAUGUUCUGAAUUGGUUCAGGGAUGAAACGAAGCCAGUGUUCUAGAGCUUUAUUUAUUUCACACAUUUUCAAAAUGUUCUUUUUUCAUCAAAAUAAAUUUUGCUUUGAGGAAGAGAAGAUUUAACACAACUUUGCUUGCUAAGCCUUUGUUGUACUGUACCUCUGUGUGGUUAAAAUUAAGUUAGAAUAACAAUGUAUUUGAUAUCCUUGAAAGUUGAAAUGUACAAAUUAAUUUUGAUAAUUAAAGUUGGAUACAGGGCCAGAGAGGACUUGAAUAAAGAGGUUUUUUUAUUUUUCAUAUCAGUUUUAAAUAUAAUCUACUUUAAUCCUUGAAAUGACAAAAUAACAGUUUAGUGAUGAUCAGAAAAGAGUGUCAAUGCUUUUAAAGCCUGUUCUCACAAAAUGUUUUCUGGUAAUUUUGGGAUAAUUAUUUAGUCAUCUUGUAAUCACAGCAUUAACUGACUAUGUUUUAAAUCUAAGCCAGCACAUAAACGUGUCCUCUUUGGCCUCACAUCAAAAUGAACUGACUGAAAGAAACUGUAUUUUUACACCAUAUUUUUCCUCUGUAUUUAAUAUUCACCCCUUAAAAUGUUUUUUUUUUUUAACACAGCCCCUCCUUAUUAAGAAUUAAUGUUUAAGAUAUUUCUUGUCCUAAUACAGAAUAUUACUUAAUGAUACUGAUAAAACUGGAUGUUAUUGAAGACAUUCAAUAACAUCCAGUUUGAAGACAUUCUUUUAUUUAUUGUUCAGAAUUUGCAAGAGUUUUAUAUUUUUUCUUAUUAUGAUGACUGGCUGCUAUCAGCAUGUAACUCUGAAUGAGCAAAAGAACUGUGAUAGGGUUCAUCUAUCUGUCCAGCUUGUGCUGACACUGAACAUUUUUAGAUUUGAGACUGAAAAUAACACAUCUAUUAAGAAUUGACUGUUGUAUGUAUGUAUUUUUGGUUAAUGUUAAUGUUCCCAUAUCCAGUUAUUAUCUGCACUGACUGAUUAUGUUCCCUCAUAAAUGUGCUUUUAUGUUCUGAAAUUGCAGCACUAAAUGUUUGACCCAUGAACACUGUGAGACAAAGACAAUAAAACUGUAAAUUUCAUACCCA